AUGCUGUCGUCUGUGCACCCGGUGUCCACCUCUGCGGUGUCGUCGCAGCCAGUGCGGGGUUCCACAGCGGCCGUGCAGCCGCCACCUGCGACGCCCCGUGCAAGGCCGAUGCUUUUCCACCUGCACGGCCCCGUCGCUGCGUCUUCCACGCCCCUGCGGGCUGUCUCCUCCGCCCUCUCCUCGCAUACCCAAGCUCCGCCCUCCCUCUCGCUGCGCUGGCGCCCAGCCCCUGCGCGCGCACGCGUCACGGCAGCAGCCGGUGCCGCGGGGACUCCGUCGGGUCCAGCGGGGCUGCCCUUCCGCAAGAAGAGUGGCGGCGGAAGGGGCGCCGGUGGCCCCGCGCCCCCGCAUUCAGCGUCGCAGCCGCCGUCGGCGAGUGCGCUUGGGUACCACCCGCUGGAGCACGUGCCGGCGGAGGAGCAGGACGGCGGAGGGCGCGCAGGCGUGGGCAAGGACGGCCGGCGCGGUGGCGCAGCGCAGCUGUCGCCGGCGGAGGUGGCGCGCACCGUGGCGGAGGUGAACGGUGAGGCCAUCGUGUUCGCCGCGCUCGCCGAGGGCUCCGCGGGCUUCCUGGCGGCGGACGCGCGCUUCGUCGUGGACCACAACGGAGGUACGCCGCGCGGCCUGGCGCCCCGCACUGCGGAUGAGCGUAGCGCAGGGGGGCAGGGGUGGCGGGGAGGGGGUGCAGGGACGGGUGAAGGCGGUGGGAGAGCAAGGAGGAAAGGGGGGCGGGCGGGCAUGGGGAAGGGCAGUGCGGACGUGUUCGUGGAGGUGGAGGAGGACGACGACUUCCUGCGCAUCCUCCACGAGGACGCGCGCCUCUGCUCGGCGCUGGUGGGGUUCGGCGGCAUGGACGAGGUGGCGCUGGACGACCUCAUCGAGGGCACGGCGGACGACGCGCAACAUCUGCAAGACGCCCACCACGACGGUAGCGACGGUAGCGACGACGAGAGGGGCUUCAGGGGCAGCGACCUGCGCGGGCGGGCCGGCGACGCCUGGCAGUCGCUGAACCUGCUGCUGGGCGGGGCUGGCAGUGGCGGCGAGGGUUCGAGGGGGGAGCGGGACGACGAGGAGGAGGAGGAUGAUGAUGAUGAUGACGAUGAAGACGAGGAGGGCGACGACGAGGACUUGGUGUUGUCGGAGGACGAUCGCCAUUUCUGGCGGGCGAUGAUAGGGCCGGACGCGGACCACCUGUUUGACACGCUGUCGCCAGAGGCACUGGGGUCGCUGGGCGCGUGGGGCGGGCGGGAGACGCUGCAGUGGGUGCACCCCGUGUACUUCGCCGACAAGAUGAUCAGCGCGGUGGGCGCGGACCCCAUGGCGGACAUGACGCGGCCGGUGCAGCGGCUGCUGCUGGUGGCGCGGGUGCGGCCGCUGUCGUCGGAGGAGGAGUUCCGCGUGCGCGGGCUGCUGGGGGAGCGAGCCUCGUACGACGCCCGGGAGGACCAGGACCACUGGGAUGGGGAGGGGGAGGGGGAGGGGGAGGGUGGUGCGGGUGGUGUGGAGGCGAGUGAGGCGAGUGUGUUGCAGGGACGUGAGAGCGAGGCCGAUGGCAGCACAGGCAGCGCGGCUGCUGCUGCUGCUCGUGUGGAUGAAGCCGUUCUUGCAGGAGCAGAAGAGGCGAUUGCAGGGGUAGGGCAGGAGGAGAGACGGGACGAGGUGCAGGAGAAGCAGGCGGAAGGGGUUAGUGAAGGGCAUGAAGCAGGCAGCAGCAGCAGCAGCAGCAGCAGCAGCAGCAGCAGCAGCAGCAGCAGCAAGGGCAAGCGCGAGGGCAGCAUGAGGGUGCGGAAGCCGGAAGCACCCACGGCCAGGGCGGAGCCGAGAGCGGCAGCAGCGGCCGGGGCCAGCGAGAGCAGCAGCGGCACAGCAGGGGUAGGGGGCAGUGGGUUGGGGGUGGGAGGGCGGGAGGAGGAGACGGUGUUGGGCGUGGUGGGGUACCGCGUGGAGGGGCUGGAGCACGUCUUCCAGGGCGACGCCUGCUUCCACUCGCGCCCGGACCUCCCAGACGCCCAUGGCGAUGCGGCCUUCGAGGUGUCGUGGGGGGCCGACUGGCGGCCUGGUGAUGGUGAUGGCGACAGUGACUUGGGCAGUAGUGGCAGGGAUGCUCAGGGAGGCUGGGCUCAGGACGAGGGCCAGGGGGCGUGGGAGGAGAUGACAGAGGGGCAGCAGGGGACGGGGAGCAGAGGGGAGGAUGGUGAGGCGAGUGCGCAGGGAGCGAGCAGCAGCAGCAGCGGCGGCGGCAGCAGCACGGAUGGGGCGAGGGCAGUGGGGAGGACAGGCGAUGGGAUUUUGGAGGUGCCUCCUGGGGCCAUGUGGCUGAGUGCCGUGGGGCCAGAGAAGGACGCGCAGCGAGCGCAAGGAGGUGGGCAGGGGCAGCAGUCUCAGGGAAGUGACCUGCUGAGGCCUGCUGCUGGCGCUGGAGGGGCCGUGGCAGGGGAAGAGCAGGGAGAGGCAGUGCAGGGACAAGGGGUGGGACGAGUGGGAUCGUUCAAUGCAGCUGAGUGGGCGGAGGUGGUGAAGGCGGAGCAGGAGGAGAGUGAGGAGGGCAGUGAGGGCGAGGAGGGCAGUGAGGGCGAGGAGGGCAGUGAGGGCGAGGAGGGAAGUGAGGGCGAGGAGGGAAGUGAGGGCGAGGAGGGGUGGGAGGGCAGCAUGCGCACGGUGCUGUACCAGCUGGACCUCGUGCACAUACAGCUGCUCGCCUCCUCUGGCUGCCAGGAGGAGGUGGCGCCACAGCAGUGGCAGGAGGCGGCACCGGACCUGCUGGCGCACGUGGCGGACAGCAUAGUGCAGCGCGCCAACUCGCUUGAGCGCGCGCGGCGCUGCAUGCGCGACCUGUGUGCGCGCGAGCACGGGAUAGACGCCGAGGAGGUGUGGCUGGCGGGCAUAGACCACCUGGGCAUAGACGUGAGGGUGCGCAUGGGCCUCGAACUCCAGACCUUGCGAUUCCCCUUCAGAUAUCCGGCGUCCACGGAGGUGGCAGCAGAGCGGCUGCUGGACGAGCUGCUGAGGCCGCGCCCCCUGCCCUCCGCCACCUCCACUCGCCUCAAGCCGCGCCUCUCUGCCCGCCAGUUGCGCCGCCUGCGUGCCCGCAUGCGCCGCUGA